UGAACACGCAAACCCUUUUGUUUUAAGUCAUUAUAGUCUUGGAGACUAGAGAGAAAGUCUUAUUGGAUGUCUACUAACACAUGAUGGGUUCCAAUUACUUGAAAUCAAGACGUUCAUUGGCAGGAGCUGGUCCUUCUUUUUCCUAAUAAUUUUGUGUUGAGAAGAAAGUAGUUCAAGAAUGUCGCUGCUUUUCAACCUCUACCCCACUUCUUGGAGCAGUUGGAACUCAUCUUUGUCUCUUUAACUACUUUCUCACUACCACAUUGUCCUUUACACCAAAAAUCCUGUUUUUUCCUGCCAACUUUGCCAUCUAUCUAGUUUUAAAAUGACUAAUUAUUGACAUAAAGUUAGUCUGGUAUCACAGUUUUGGUGUGUAUUGAGGGAGAACUAAGAGCCUGGAGUUUCUGUGCACAUUAAGAAAGCUUCAAAAGAUCCUGAUUCCGUAUGUUAAGUACAGUAACUAAGAAACUGCGGCAACUUUGCGCAAGGAUAAGGUGGCUGAUAUGGAAACGUCCAAGGCCAAAAGUUAUCAUCAGAAGGUUCGGAAAAACCCCAAAGGAUCGAUGUAAAUGGAAGCCUGGUAUCCGAAAAAUUUCUGCUCAUACGAACGACAAAGUGAGUGGGAAUUUAAGUACUGAAAGGCCGAUUCGAAUUGCCACAUUUAAUGUUGCCAUGUUCUCUCUUGCACCUGCUGUUCCAAAGGCCGAGGAAGCAGUUGUUUUUGGCAGCCAAGACCAAGGGGAUUUUACGUUUCUCAAGAAUCCAGUGGAGAUGCAUACUCAGGCUAAGCCUGUGAAUCACCAUCCCAAGAGUAUACUCAAGCAGUCUCCUUUGCGUGCUGCCAACCUGAUAAGUAGCCCAGAGCAGCUCUCACCACAAAAGGUCUCGAAACGGAAGGUGUCAAUUAAUCUUCCUGAUAACGAGAUUUCAUUAGCACAUAAAAAAUUUCUUAGCUUUAUUGAAGAUGACAAAGUGGGGUCGUCAAAUAUUAUUGCUAGCAGAAACAAUAGAAGCAGUGUUGUGUUGAGGUCGCCUGUCUGCCUGCCUGCAAAAUUUUUGAGUCAUUUUACUGACGAAGAGGGUUUGAAAAGCAGCAGAAGCAUUUUGGAAGUGCUUAGAGAAGUAGAUGCUGAUGUUUUAGCCCUGCAAGAUGUCAAGGCACAAGAAGAGAAAGGCAUGAGACCACUAUCUGAUUUGGCUGCUUCAUUGGGAAUGAAGUAUGCGUUCGCUGAGAGUUGGGCCCCUGAUUAUGGAAAUGCAAUUUUAUCAAAGUGGCCAAUUAAGAGGUGGAAAGUUCAGAAGAUCGCCAACGAUGAAGAUUUCAGGAAUGUGCUGAAGGCCACAAUUAGUGUUCCAGGGGCAGGAGAACUAGACUUCUACUGCACACAGCUUGAUCAUUUGAAUGAAAAUUGGAGAAUGAAACAAAUAAAUGCAAUAAUACAGUCAACCAACUCUCCCCACGUACUGGCAGGAGGUCUCAACUCGCUGACUGGAUCGGAUUACUCCCCAGAAAGAUGGAUGGAUAUUGUCAAGUAUUAUGAGGAAAUAGGAAAGCCAAGGCCAAAAAUCGAAGUGACAAACUUUCUGAAGGGAAAAGAGUACAUAGAUGCAAAGGAUUUUGCAGGGGAAUGUGAACCAGUAGUCAUCAUUGCCAAAGGCCAAAAUGUUCAAGGAACAUGCAAGUAUGGAACAAGAGUGGAUUAUGUUUUGGCAUCUCAAGACUCGCCAUACAAGUUUGUUCCAGGAUCAUACACCGUGAUUUCGUCCAAAGGUACCUCAGAUCACCACAUAGUUAAAGUUGAUAUUACAAAAGCAAGUGAGGCUAAUCAAGGGAGACAAACCCAGAAAGCAAAGCAGAAAGUAAUUAAAAUUAUAAAUCCUUGGCAUUCUAAAGGCAUAUGGAAGUUAAACACCUGAAGUUUCUCCUUAGAUUGAUAUUAUCAAGAUGCAUGAUUUUGUAAAUUACAUUACCUCUGACGUAACAGAUAAUAUCUGAAAGAUAAAAAGAAAAUACAGGAUAAAGAUUCAUAUCAACUUGAUAUGAAAAGUUGCUUAAUCUUUUCAAGUAUCUAUUUUAACUGUUGCGGCCUAAGUCAUCUGUAACUACAACAAACUAAAGCUAGAGCUCCCCGGUGCCCUGCUCAUCUCCUGAGAUUAUGUUGUUAAUACUGACAUGGAUUGAAGAAGUGGUGAUGUAAGAUUUCAGGAAUAAAUGUAGUUUUUCAUUUCUUGCA